GAAAGUAAAGACAGGGUGUGAAAUUGCGAAAGCGAUAAUGACGAAAUAUGGUGGCCGGAAGAUUCUCCGGCUAUAGCAUCAGCAGCUGCAGCUUCGACUGGACUCCAGGAAGAUUCGGUGCGAUCUUGUGUAUUGUGAACCUGAUCAAUUAGGGUGGUAUUGUCUACUCGAACAAAGAUAUAAUGAUGUCAUCUUCACCUUCUGAGGGUAGGACACUCCAUCAUAAAUCAAUCCCUGGACUUGAAUCAAAUUUAGCGGUUCACAAGGAGAAGUUGUGUUUUGCUCCCUUUGGGUUGGACAACUCGAAAUGGGAUCCUUCGAUAGAUGUUUAUCUCCCACCAUCAAAUAUCAGGUGUUCAUCUUGAGAGCUUGAAGUCACUUGUUCGGAGUAGAGAAAAGAAUGGUGUCCAGAUGAAUGAAGAUCAGAUGAUAAUCAAGGAACGUGAGAUAACUCAAGAUGAAACUGAGGGAGGGAAUCUGAAGGUUGUGACAGGAAACAAUGAAGCUGUUUCUCAUUUGAUUUAUGCGGGAUCAGACAUUAUGCUUUGUCUAAACUUCUUACAAGAUCAACUUCUCCAAGUCCCUCUCAAGGCUUUGAAGUACGGAACAGCUCCAAUCGAACUAAACCCCCGAACCGGGCAUGUUGGGACACAUGAACAAGAGGCUAUCACUGCUAACUUUAUCAAUUCUAUAUUCGGAGACAUAUCCUUAGGAAUAUUAUAUUAUUUAUACGCUAGAUUGGAUGUGUGUGUGUGUGUUAUGAUGCAGAAGAAGGAUGGGAGGUUGUGGAAGUUAAAGAUAACGAAAGAUACGAAGAAAGACUUGUGCUGUGACGUUCACAUCUCUGCAUAUACUUUUUUUUUUGGGUGUAAAUGUUAAAAAUCUCUGCAUAUACUUCAAUUAAGAACCUGUGAAAGUAGCGAAGAGGAAGAAGAUUUGUUUGGUUCCUCAAAAUCACAUUGAGAGUAUCAGUCUCAUGUCUUUUAUCAUUUGUAUUUUUGUAAUGUAAUUUAUUUCUCAACUUA